AUGGCGCGUGAUUUGCAAAUUGCAUCGAGUCGCCAUGCAGGCUCACAAGGAAGCAACGCGACGCGCGGUAAGCACUGGGAUGCACUUGGAUUUCAAGGGGAGGAUCCAAGUACUGAUUUUCGAGCGACCGGUAAGCUGGGCCUUCGCCAUGUCUCACAUUUUUGCCAAGCACACCCAAUCUAUGCGACGCGUAUGAUCAAGGAGUCCGGUACCGCUGCAGUGACUAUUGAAGGGCCCUGGUAUCCGUUCGCGUUGUGUGCUAUUCACAUCACGGCUUUGCUGCUAACGGUCGUCAAGCUUGGUAGUAUGCAGCGACACUGGCUGCAAGCUGCUGCACGAGAUCCUGUUGAUGGUGUGGCGGCCUUGUCAGAUAAAUUGUUCAGCUAUCUCUUCGUUCGCUGUCAUUUGGACUGGUGUGAGGGUGUUGAUAAGAAGGAAAUCACCAGCAUUCUUGAGUUUGAAGUGUUCUUUGCUGACUUUGCUGCGUAUAUACAACGCGACUUGCAAACAAGACACCGGGAGAAUGAUGAUUUUCAUGUGGCAGCACUCAAGUGGUGGUAG